AGAAAGAAAGGAGGGAGGGAGCUUGUGUGCGCUGCUCGCUCAAAGAAAGACCAACACAGCGAAACACACAAGGCUGGCUGCGACUAGAGAGACAGAGCCAGCAGGGCAGGCAGCAUGGCGGGGCCGCAGGACUUCCAACAAGGCAGCCACUGUCACAGGAAAACGUGGAUCAAUAUAUUACUAGGAAUACUACAAUUACUUUUACCAUGCGUACAGCACGGAGGAGCCCAGCUGCAAGCCCUGAGUCAGAUUUCUACCAGCGUUGUGGAGGUUUGGCAGCCGGAGGAUGCAGAACCUUUAAUUCCGCUUCAGGUGGAGAAGGAUAGAAGAAAAGAGGGUCUUCCACUGGAGGAAAGCUCUUCUUCCUACAGCCAGGAGAGUGGGAGGCCUCUGCACUUUCAGCCAUCCGCGCUGGAGUUUGGGACACAGCCGCUGGGGCUGCCCAGAGCAGAAACCAUAUAUAUACACAACCCCAGCCAGGAAGUCCCUGUGACGCUGCUGUCCAUGUUUACGUCCAGCAGCCAUUUUUACAUCCCUUCCUUUCACAGAAGAGUGAUCCCACCCAGAGGGAAGGCUUCUUUUAAACUUAUAUUCCUCCCAUCAGAGGAGGGCAAUGUAGAAAACACAUUAUUUAUAAACACAUCAGCCCAUGGGCUGCUGUCAUACCAGGUAUUUGGUGUGGGAGUUCAGUGGGGCUCUUUAAAGUCUGUUCACAGAAAGGACAGCCUGCUUCUAUUCCCCCACAUUCAGAGCAUUAAGCUGACCCAAACUCAGGAAGAUGCCUCAAACAUCACCAUUCUGGGUCUUCUUCUUGAGUGCAGCUUGCCCAAGAACUUGUUCAACAGUCCAGAGGGCUCCUGUCUGCAGAGCGAGGAGCGGCUGACUCUGCAGAUUAACCUAUCGGCUCGUGGGGACCGCCCGGCUGACCUGGACAAGCUCAAACCUUAUGUCAUAGAGCACAUCCUGGUGCUGCUGGUGGCUCACGGGGCAGGACUGCUCACUGCAGCUGAGCCAAAGCUGGGAGUUUAUAUGUUAAACUCGGGAUGCAAAAAGCUUGACGUAAAGAAUAUGCAGGUGCUCACCAAAGUAGAGGCCAUCCUGGAUGUCCAUCAGGCUUUAUUGAGGCCUGAAGCAAAAAACUUCACCCAAGUAGCUACAGUGUCCUGCAGAGGUUCAAUGCCAGGCCAUGGGCGGAAGUGUAUCAGUCAUAUCACUUUAGACAUUGUGGGAAACCAGAGCCUGGUUGACCUCUCUGGGCUACAUAUCCCACACAGGAAGAGCACAGAGGAGAUGUUCCAGCUGAAGCAGACAGACUCAGAGCAGGUUGAGCUGUGGAUCUCUAACCCUUUGUCUGUGCCCCUGACAGUGACCAACGCCUCAUUGGCACACAGGUUCAACAGUGCACUCAAGGUGGUGAACUUCAGCCGCCCCGUCACACUUCCUCCAGGAUGUUUUCAUGUCCUGUCCCUCCAGUUGCUCCACAAAAGCCCUCCCCUAAACCAGGUGGUCGGCCUGAGCCUGAAAACCAGCCUGGGACCCACGCUACACAUCCCCCUGUACUUUCACACCAGUUUCUCCAAGCAGGGUGGUGUGCUGUUUGGUGUGGAACGAGAGUGCAGCCGGCCCUGUCCGCUCAGAUUGUCUGAAACAGGUCGCUCAGAGUGGCAACGCUCUCUCCUCCCAGACUUCUUUCCCUCCUCCUGGGCUAUAGACAGUAAACUGGCCUCACAACUGUGCUCCAGAUGGCAGAGACACAGAGACAAGCCCCCUUGCAGGUGGCCCAGACUUCCCGUGGAAACCUCCUCCCCUUUGGACUUUGGUGCUACACCUGUCAAUGAAAGCAAGGUAAAAACCUUUGUACUGAAGAACCCUUCCUCAUCAGUGGUUGCUGUAGAGAUUCGAAUCCUCUCGCUGUAUCCUGCUCCCCUGGAGGCUCUGGGUCUCCUUACUAAAUGGUUUAAUAUCAGCCCAGUGUCUGUGAAUAUCAGUACAGCUGAAUUCUCUCUGCUGGCCAGUACACCAAAGUCUGUGGACAGCGAACGGGGCCUGAGCAGAGAGGGAGUGCUGCGCCUCCUGCUGCAGCCUUGGGAGUCCCGGGAGGUUGCUGUGGUCUACACGCCCUCUGAGCACAAACCCACUACUACCAUUCUCAUCAUCAGGAACAACCUGACGGUGUUUGACAUGGUGACAGUGCGGGGUCAUGGAGCCAAAGAGCUCAUCCGGGUGGGGAAUAAACUGCCAGGCCCCGGGGCCUCUCUGAGAUUCAACGUCCCUCAGUCCACACUCAUGGAAUGUCGAGAUGGCCUUCGGAACAAUAAGCCGCUGUUCGCCAUUAGGAAGAGCUUCAAAGUGGAGAACGCAGGAGAGCUGCCGCUGACCGUCAUGUCCAUGAACAUAAACGGCUAUAAGUGUCAGGGCUUUGGCUUCGAGGUGCUGCAGUGCCACUCCUUCAGUCUCGACCACAACGCCUCCUCCGAGAUCACCAUCGCGUUCACCCCAGACUUCACGUCAUCGUGGGUGAUCCGGGACCUGACCCUGGUGACAUCACGGGGCACGUCUUUCCCCUUCACCCUGAACGUGACGCUGCCCCACCACAUGCUGCCCCUGUGUGCUCAGGUGGUGCCCGGGCCCAGCUGGGAGGAGAGUUUCUGGCUGGUGACCCUCAUCUUUACCUGCUUUUCUCUGUUCGGUGUGUGCUUGAUGGCGUUCCAUCAGGCUCAGUACAUUCUGAAUGAGUUUUCCACACCCAGCAUCAGGAGCAACCAUAACUCAAGUCUACCUCGAGACAAUGGAGCGGUCAACAACAUCACACCCAAUGGAGUCAAUAAAUCCAAGGGAAGUUGUAAGAGCUAUGUGGACUCGUGCCACCCAUCAGACAAAGGAAAAGGUCGAGGGUCACCUGCUGUGGCCAACACUCCUCCUCAGAGACCUCAGUCCUCAAAGAAGGGCUCCUCCUCAACACCGUCCCAGGCCCAGAAAAAACCCAAAGUAUCCCUGUACUACUCCAAGUACAAGUACAGCCCAGCUCCUGCGGCAGCAGUGAGCAUGGAGGAGGAGGGCGAGGAGACAGAGGAGCUGCUCCCUGACACGCCCUCCAGCCCUGAGCCUGAUAACCUGGAGCCCGCUUUCCUCUCCGAGCUGGAGAGUAAGGCAGAGUACACGGAGCCAAAUGGUGCGGAGCCCCCAGCAGUGGUUAUGUUUCCCAUGGAAAUGCCUGCUGGCUUCCCCGACAACGUGACCGUAAGCCCCGGUCCUCGGCCAGGCCUGCUCAUGUGCACGCCCACAGUACAGAGCUUUACACAGCCCUACGACAAGAUGGAGGCUGCCAAAAGGGAAUGCUCCGAGCAAGAGCUCAGAGAUGGAAAAGGCCAGAAAAAGAAAGUGCAGAGUGCAGAAUUUGGCACUACACCAGGAAAUAAGGGAAAGAGGAGCCGCAAAAAGGCCGAAAACGGCCUAAGUGCCCCUGAUCACAGUGUGGUGGCAGCAGAGAGGGAAAAGGAACCCGAAUGGAAAAAUGGCAAUCACAACAGCGCAGCUCGCAGCAGGAACCGAAACAGCUGCAAAUCAGACGCACCAAAGACAGGGCCGUGUGCAGAGAGCGCCCUCCGACUCAAUGGGAUGUGUCCCGGUCGCGCUCGCCGUAGAGGCCUGUCUGAUCGCCGCACAGGGCCUUGUGAGUCGGGCUCAGACUCGGGCAGCUCCUCCGGCAGCGUGCGGGCCAGCAGGGGGAGCUGGGGCAGCUGGAGCAGUGCCAGCAGCAUGGAGGGGGAAAAGGAGCAGAGCGGACGAGCACACACCUGCCCUACCUCAGCCAAGAAAAGAGAACCCAUGCAAUACAGCACUUACCCAUCCGACAGAGAGUACCAGAACAUCAAUACAAAGGCCUUCAGCAUGAACACAUUGUAUGUUAAAGACCUGUGCCAAAGUCCAGAGCCCCCUGGGCCCAGCUUUAACCCCAGUUUUGCUGCAGUGGCUGCAGGAGCGGACAGGAAUAUGGAAGUGUGCGGUCAGUAUGUGCCUGAGGAGACAUGGUCCGCUCCCUCCAUCCCUCUGACUAAUGAGUUCCGAUACAACACCACAGAGGCCCUGCCCUACCUCCCCCAGGCCGCAGUCCCCAGCACGUACAACGGGUUUACAUGGAAUAGUGCCAACAACCACUGCAGCCCAUACACGUACUGCGAGGAUAACGACUACAUAGGUAAUGGGACGUUCCCUAGUGCAUACCCGGGUCAGGAGUGUCACAGUGGCCAGUCUCCGAGCAGCUGGACAGAGGAGCAGCCCCAGGGCUCUCCUCCUGCCUGGGACACUGCAGCAGCCUGUGUGGGCACCAAGCCGUUCUUCUCUGGAACCCGCAGCCUGUCGCCCAUGUCUAGUCUGUUUGGCUCCAUCUGGACUCCUCAGAGCGAGCCAUACCAGAACCACUUUCACCCGGAGCGCUCAGCACCCAUUUCGCCCGUGUCCCCUGUCACCCCGCCCCGCUCGCCGUUCACUAGGGAGCCCCAGGGCCCCUGUGUACCCACCCAGUAUCCCGGCUUCAACCCCUUUGGCCCUCACAUGAAUCUGGACAUCUGGAACUCCUCGUCCAACCGCAGCUCCAACUCCCAACUGUCUAACGACUCGGGCUACUGCGGCGACGUCUAGGCCACAGCCACAUGUAUGCGACAUGUUAAACAAAGGAAAUCAAGUGAAUGUUCUUUUAUCGUUAUUGGGGAAAAUGUGAAUAUUCCUUCUUUUAUGUUCCCAUUUUCAAAUGUUCAAUGUUGUGAAAGGUUAAGCAUUUGUUGUAUAUUUUUCUAGAUGUUUUGCAGUUUUGAUCAUAGAAAAAUUAAAAAAAAAAGGUUUUGU